AUGUUGUGCCAGCGUGGAAAGAAACCGAUCCCGACCGGCACCCGGUUCGAGAUGUCCGCCGUGCUGCUGAUCGCCAUCGCCGGAUUAGUGGGAAAAGUUUGCCCCACCGGUGCGGCCACCCUCACCCACACGCCGACCGAUUCCCUGUACCAGCGCUACUUUGAUGCCGUUGCACCGGAAGAUCGGGAAAACUUCAUCAAAUACCACCUGGACAAGGCCCUGGAGCAGCGCAUACCGAACUAUAGGAGCCACACACCGAAGGACUUCGAGUUCACCACUUUUCAGGACGCACAAGAGCCGGAAGAUUUCGCCAUCAACCUGUUGGAUCACUUCAUGAGCGCGUUCGGGCUGGACGAGGUGCACGUGUUCGAGUUUGUGGCGCUGAAUGUGAUCUGCUUUCCCUCCGGAUGGUGCUUCAAUCCGGACGACGUCGGUAACAUCUGCUGUCCGUUUUGA